AUGAAGAUUGCAGUGGAGGGAUGCAGCCAUGGCGCACUGGACGCGAUCUACCAGCACCUACGCGAUCUAGAGGCCAAGCACAACUAUAUUGUGGAUUUACUUCUCAUGUGCGGGGACUUUCAAGCUAUUCGCAAUCACAGAGACAUGCAAUGCAUGGCUGUCCCGCAGAAGUAUAAGCAGCUAGGUGAUUUCCACAAAUACUAUACAGGAGAAAAGACUGCUCCGGUGCUUACUAUCGUAAUAGGCGGGAAUCACGAGGCAUCGAAUUACAUGUCAGAACUGUAUCAUGGUGGGUGGCUUGCACCAAACAUAUACUUCCUUGGGCAUGCCGGAUGCAUCCAAGUGAACGGUAUCCGUAUCGCUGGUGCGUCUGGAAUUUUCAAAAGUAAUGAUUUCAGUCUAGGUUUUUACGAAAGAUUACCUUACGAUCAUGGCACUAUGCGAAGCAUAUAUCACAUCAGGGAAUUUAACGUUCGUCGUCUGUCUUUGCUAUCCUCCCCAGAUAUCUUCCUUUCUCAUGAUUGGCCCCAAUACAUCGAGCGACAUGGUGACACUCAGGGCCUCCUUCGCCGCAAACCAUUUUUCAGACAGGAUGUACAGACGGGCAACCUGGGUUCUCCUCCUUUAAUGGGGCUUUUGCGGACACUGAAACCAAAAUGGUGGUUUUCAGCGCACUUGCAUGUUCGCUUUCAGGCUACCGUACAGCAUGAGCAAUGCGGUACUGGGUCAAAUUCUCUGCCCACUACUUCGCCACCACAAAACCCAGAUGAAAUAGCAAUUGCAGAUGAUGAUUUCGAUGCAGUUGAAUCUCAGAAUCCUCCAAUUGAAGAUUCUCGUUUGCAAACGACUUCCCACAAUCCUGAUGAAAUAACCCUAGAAGAGGAAGAAGAGGAAGUUAUACAAUCGCCUCCCGUUGCUUAUCGGCCACAGCCAUCUAUGACGAACUUCCUCGCAUUGGAUAAAUGCCUUCCAAAACGAGAAUUUAUGGAGGUCAUCGAUGUGCCUACCACAUCGGAUGAAUCUACCAUGCCUGGACAACGCUGCAUGCCGAAGUUAACCUUCGAUCCGGAAUGGCUGGCAAUAUCACGUGCUUUUCACCCAUUCUUCUCCAUGAGGCGGCGUCAAGCAGAUUAUCCCGAUGAAGCAACAGCUCGUGCGAUGGUUGCUGAAGAGAUGGUGUGGGUCAAGUCCAAUGUGCACAAUAACGAAGCAAAUUCUUCCGAUGUCCCUCUACCUGGCAUCCGAACCAUUUUGGAUUGCCAGACAUUCGUGCAGAGCGCCCCUGGUCCUGGAAGUGAAGGAGCUCAAAAGAAUCAACAACCACCUUGGUACACUAAUACUCAGACUACCGCUUUUUGCGAUAUGCUUGGCAUUCAAAACGUGAUUGAUUUCUCUUCGGACAGUCGGACCUAAGAAGCCUCUUGAUAGCUUCCAUAGAAAUAUGCGAGCGCUAACCAGGGUUUGUGACAUCCUAGUAUUAUCCUCCCACGCCAUGUAAUUACUUAUGUUCCACACCAGGCACUUAAUAUCACAUUGCGCAGUAUCCUCGUCCUCGCUUCCCCUGCAGUACUCUCGCUGCCAUGCUAAGGUUGCGUUUCUGAUGG